UGCACACGAGUUUCUUCUGAGCACAUCUACUGUAUCACUCUUUCUCCGGCAGAGAAGCUUUGGACGAGGGAGAUGGGGCAGCUAGGAUAUAUCUGUGUAUAUCUUUAAACUUUAAUUUGUUUCCAAACGUCCGAUCGAUGGGGAUAACGGAUAUAAGGAGUUAACAGGAAUGGCGCAAGAAGGAAAAGGACAGGAGUUCAACGAACAAGAGAGGCGUAGUAUGGAAUUCAUAGAGAACCUAUCAAAAAUAGGAUGGCCCGAGAAAGAUGAUGACGAUUGUGUACGUUCGCAACCGAGCACGCUCUGGACCAUGAUAAAAGCCGUAAAUUUUAAAAAGGACCGUUCCAAAAACAUUGCUAUCGUUCAAGCCUCUUUCACAUCGAAGAAUUCAUCUGGAGCCAGUUACACGGAGCGUUCAACUUCCAUGCCUUCUAUGAGAUCUGGGAGAAGAGCUCACGGUGUGCUAAAUCAGUUGAUAAGGCAGAUUCAAGGAGUGAAGGGUGGAGUUGAUUUAGAGCCCGAGGAAAAGCGAUUACUACAAGGAUUUGUCGAAAAUAUAGAAAAACAUUUUGGAUUUAAAUUCAGGGCCUCUGAACUAAAGAUUCAUGGAUAUACAAACAAGCAACAAAUGGACGAUGAUAUACGCUGCUGGAGGGGUAAAAUCGAUGCCAUUGGUGUCAUGAAGAAUGGUACAGUCAUAAUUGUCGAUUGGAUAGUGCCCCGUGAUGAAAAUCAUAAGUUUUGGGAUGAAGCAACAAAAUUCUCGAGAAAACUUCAUCAAACGAUGAUUUACAGGGAGAUAAUCAGAGCUCAAUGGAAAGAUUCCUAUAAAUGUGAAAAGGAUAUUCCGACAGUUGGCAUCUUGAUUGUGCCUAUAUCAACCAAAGGCAGCGAUCCACGUUGUUGUCUUGAUUUUGAAAAGCUCCGAAAGGCUGGAUUUUUUGAUGACAUAGAUGGAUUGACCUGGACAGCACAGAAGCCGAGAAAAACAGAUAAGGUUUGUUUGGAAUUGCGAUGUGAUAAGGUCAAAAAGAAGCUGUCUGAAGCUGUCUCGCAAAAAAGCCCACCUGAUAUCAGGUAUGCUUCCUUGGCGAAGAAAGACUUGCCUCGGCUGCAAUCGGUGUCAGAGAUCAUUAAACAAGAAUCUACGAUGAAAGCGGAAGAAGUACAUUCAUGUAAGCCCAAGACGCUUGUUGGUGACUGUGGUAACAAAAUGAAGUCGAUCCUUGAACGCCCUAUCCUUCCCUAUGUAGAGGAGAUCAAACAAGUGCAAAAACCUAUUGCAGUCAAACAGGAAGAGCAAAUAAGACAAAUGCCCGAUAGGCAACACCUUUCUGGGAGGACGCCGACAAAUUCCUAUCGUACUGCUGAGAUGUCAGAGAUCAUUAAACAAGAAUCUACAGUCAAAGCGGAAAGGGUAGAAGUUAAAGAAGAAGAUUAUUCACGCAAGCACAAGACGCCUGAUGGUGACUGUGGUAAGAGAAUGAAGUCGAUCCUUCAACCCCCUAUCCCUCCAUACGUAGAGGAGAUCAAAGAAGUGCGAAACCCUAUUACAGUCAAGCAGGAAGAGCAAAGAAGACAAAUGUUCGAUUGGCAACAUGUCUUUGGAUGGACACCAGCAGAUUCCAACCGUACCGAUAAGAUGUCAGAGAUCAUUAAACAAGAAUCUACAGUCAAAGCGGAAGGAGAAGAUUAUUUACGCAAGCACAAGACACUUGAUGGCGACUGUGGUAACAAAAUGAAGUCGAUCUUUGAACCCCGUAUCCCUCUUUACGUAGAGGAGAUCAAAGAAGUGCGAAAACCUAUUGCAGUCAAGCAUGACGAGCCAAUAAGACAAAUGCCCGAUUGGCAACACCUCUUUGGAAGGACGCCAAAAGAUUCGUACCGUACCGCUGAGAUGUGUGAUACACGAAACGCUGCAGUAGGACACGUUACACAAAUGCCUGAUUUGCAACACUACAUCGAUAUCGCAAGGACGCCAGUACAUCGGUACUUUACCCCAGAAGAGGCACUACAGGCUCAUUCCUCAUAUAUACAAUCUGGAAUCUCUGCCGCCCAGAUGGUCUACCGAGAAUCAGCUGAGUUGAAUGCCUAUCAUUUUAUGGAAAAAGCUGGUUGCUCAUGUCAUGGAAGAAAAAAGUGCGCCCAUGCGCAGGGCGCAGGUCAAUGUGACUGCAAAGCUGCAGGAAAGAAAUGCGGGCAUUACUGCGACUGUGAUGAACAGAUUUGCACAAACAGGGAACAAAUGAACAUAACUUGGCAUAAAGAAGAAGAUUAUUCACGCAACUACACAGCGUCUGAUGCUCAUUGUGGAUAUCACAGAUAUAUGGCUGGUUGCUCUUGUCAUGGAAGAAAAAAGUGCGCCCAUGCGCGAGGCGCAGGUCAGUGUGACUGCAAAGCUGCGGGAAAGAAAUGCGGGUAUAACUGCAACUGCGAUGAACGGAUAUGCACAAACAGGGCAUGGUAAUGAGUACUAAUGCCACUGAAUCUGUUCUGGACGUCGAUGAUGCUGGGUAGACGAAAAAUCAUAAAAGAAGCAAGAGGCAACUUUUACAAGCUCAACAGCAAACAGCUGGGAAGGGUUACUUUGUAUUAUGCACCACUUCCAUUUGUAGCGUUUAGUUUAAAUAGGUUGAUUUUCAAGUAGUUCGAACACAGCCAUGAUUUUUUAAAUAGUCUUACAACAAGCCGUGGCAUGAUUUUCCCUCAGUGAUACUGCAUUGAGAGGACUUCCAACUUGGCUCCCAGUAAAAGAAUACUGAUUACAAUUUAUCAUUUACAACAAUUAUUUUACACUGUUUUACACUAUUUUCAAUGCUCGUUUGUAUUAAGGGUUUUAAACAUGAAUUAAUCUAUCGGAGGGAAAACUGAUUCUUUCAAAGACUUUUUGGCUGUUUGGUUGAAAGUAGUUAGGUAAUAAUAUUGGUACUUUUUUUAUUGUCGAUUAUAUACAAUUUUUGAAAUAUCAGAGGUCAUUAAAUAUAUAUACAAUAGGCGCAGUAAGCUUCGACCUUUAUGGAAAGACUGUUACGGGAAAGUCUAAUGAUUUUUCCGUGUGUUUUUGAAACACUUUAAUUAGUUACUUUUUCAAUAUUUUAGCCGUUCUCAAUUUUUUCGAGAGUCUUGCAUUCAAUAUGUAGAAUUUUAAAAAGACACAAAAGCCAACAGUAGUUGCUUUCAAUUACCAACCUUGUACACCUGUAAAUCGAUCCCCCUUUGAUCUUUGUCUGGUAUAGAUUGUUAAGUAAAGUUUCGCAGUAACGACCUUUCCUUGAUAAUUCUGGUCUCAGGGAAAUCAAUACGCAGCCGAGCCUCGCUUUCUUAAAUUAGCCUUUUCAAACUGUGCACCAAAAUUUCGUAGAUAUGAAGAAAUUCUGAAUGGGUUUCUCACUUUUACUUGUAGAAAAGGAAAAAAUAUUUAGGCAGAAUCAUAUAACUUCAAAGAGACUUUGUUCGCUACUUUUGUUUAGUGCAGUUAGUGCACGAGCACUUGCUCGAUAGUACAUAAGCAAGUACAUUGUAGAGCCUUUUUUGAUUACAACGAUCACUGAUUGGUGAUUGCAUGGAUGACCAUGUUGAUAUUACAUUAAUGUUGAUAUUACAUUACAGAUUGCAUUAUUGAA